AUGCCAGUUUUUAAUGAUACUGCUUCUGACAGGCCCACCUUCUCCUUCAUUAGAAUCCCUGGCUUGGAGACUGCAUAUAUAUGGAUCUCAAUCCCUUUCUGUCUCAUGUACCUGGUGGCCCUUGCAGGCAAUUCUCUUCUCAUCAUACUAGUUCGAGCAGAACAAACUCUUCAUGAACCCCAGUUUUAUUUUUUAGCCAUGCUUGCUCUCACUGACCUAGGCCUUUCCUUGACUACAAUGCCUAGUGUCAUGGCUAUCUUCUGGUUUGACAUCCGCCAUAUUGGUUUGGAUGCUUGUUUGACUCAGAUGUUCUUCAUCCAUACUCUGUCCUCAGUAGAAUCAGGUGUCCUGGUGGCCAUGGCUUUUGACCGCUUGAUAGCUAUCUGUGCUCCACUAAACUACAUGAGGAUCCUGACCCAUUAUACUGUUGCCUGCCUUAGUGGAGCUGCUCUCCUACGAGGUGCUACUCUGCUGGCUCCUCUGCCUUUCUUCCUCAGGACCUUUCCUUUUUGUGGAGCCAACAUCCUCUCUCAUUAUUACUGCUACUAUCCAGAUAUGCUGAACCUGGCUUGUGGAGAUGUUACUUUCAGCAGCAUCUAUGGAUUGGUUUGUGUGCUUUGCACAUUUGCAGUGGAUGCUGUCUUCAUCCUAGCAUCUUACAUGAAAAUCUUGGGCACUAUUAUGAAGCUGGGGACCCAGGAGAGAAACUGGAGAUCAUUGCAGACUUGUGCUUGCCACCUCUGUACAGUGUUUGUGUUUUAUUUGCCUCUGAUCAGUCUGGCAGUACUGCAUCGUUACAGUCAAGGCACUUCUCCAAUUUUAUAUACCACUAUGAGCAACACUUACCUCCUCAUGACACCACUGCUCAACCCUCUGGUCUAUAGUCUCAAAUCUCGACAGAUUAAGGCUGCCCUGCGCAAACGAUUUUGGGUGCAACGUGUCAUUGCUGGAGAAUGA